UCCACUGGAUGGAUCUCGCUAGAAACUUUUACAUUACCGAAGACGAUGUGAGGAGCGACUGCGAUUGGACGCAUGCCUUAGUAAAGUACGGAACUGAAGCCCGGCGUAACGGUGGAGAUCUUCAAGCAUGAUUUGUCGCAGGAUACCGUUGAAGACCUACUAAAGCACUUCAGCUGUGUGAUCGCCACUGAGACUCCCUUAUCGCUGUGGAUCGCUAUCAAUGAAUCACUACGUGUGAACGGGAGUAAACACAUCCCGUUUAUUAGUGUGGGUGCGUGUGGCAUUUUCGCCGGAGUGUCCUGUGAUUUCGGUGAGGAAUUCAAGGUGUAUGAUCCGCAAACCGAAGAAGGCAGGGACUUACUCAUUUCUUCGUUUACACCAGUAUCAGCUGGCUGAUUCGUUUCUAACCGUAAAGCUAUCCGAAGAUGCAGUCCACUACAAACUCUACGAGCAGUCGAAGCCGCCUUCCGGACGGACUCCCACUAAUGAGGGCGAUGUGUUUAUCUUCAGCGAAGGAUCCGUGGUCUUCUGGAAUGUGAAGAAGGACGAUGCGGCCUCUUUUUUAAAAGUGCUCCAGCAGUACGCCGUUAAACCGUAUUCACAGUCUAUUGUCCAGGAUGAAGCGGAAUUUCUGGACUACUGUUUUACGGAUGGCCCUGGUGACGAGUACCGUGGUCGACCAGGAGUCCCGUCGGCAGCAGACGCUGCCAAACUGUCAUCCGACGGCCAUAUUCUGCUGCGGAAAUCCAUGGAGGUUGCCCAUCCCCAGUUGCUCAGUCUGAUCAAAUACGCCUUUUCCGACGCCACUGUGCUUUCUGUUAAGUUGGCUGUUUAUGAGGCUAUGCUGCAAGAAUACGUGGGAUCCAUCGAAAACGUCGCUGAGGACAUCAAAACAAACGGACGUAUUAGCUUGUCGAAAGAUCAAGUGCUGCGUAAAACAGGGGAGCUGUUCUUCCUCCGGCACUCCAUUAAUCUGGGCUCGAAUAUGCUGGAUCCACCUGAUUUCUACUGGGAUCGUGAAGAUUUGGAAGCUGAAGAUUUGGAAGCACUGUACCGUGCCAUGUGCACGUAUCUUAACAUCGGUCGGCGUACACGCAUUUUCAACGAAAAACUUAACCACUGUUAUUCUUUGGUAGAGCUGUUGCGUGACCAUCUGAACAACCAGCACCAUGUUCGAUUAGAGCUGAUGAUUAUUGCGCUCAUUUGCGUGGAAGUGUUCUUUGAAUUCUUGCAUUAUGCCGAGAAGUACAUGAGCACGGCUCCGUGAUUUUGUAUAUUUUUUACGAGUCAGUGUUUUCUUAGUUUUUUAUCGUUUUAUUGUGAUCUUGAAUA